AUGCGUGAGAAAAUAUUUUUACUAUUGUAUCUUAUUCCAUUUGCAUUUGCUAAAGAACAAUCCAUACAAAUUUCUCGGGAUGGACCAACAAUUUCCAGAUCUGACGGUAAAGAACAAAAUGUAUAUUUCAAUGGAGAUUUAUCAAAAACUGACGAACAGUUUGCGGAAUACCCAGAUUCCAACAGCUUUUAUCAAAUAAAAAAUCCUAAUAAACAUAUUAUUCCCGAACUAACAUUCUUUCAACAACAUGACGAUGUUUUGCUUUCGAAAUCUGGUAACGGGAAUUUGUUGAGGGAUCCUAGCUCCAAAGUCAAAACUGACAAGUCCUCGAUCAAUUCGGUGUCAUAUCAAAACGGUCAAAACGUAGUUACCUGCUCGGAUCAGUGUAUACCGAUUUAUCUCUUAGAAAGUCAUGGCAUAGAUGUAAAAAAAUUAUUGAAACAUAAUCGACGUCCAAAAAAUCAUUCUGAAAAUGCACCAACUGAAAAUGAUUUGCAAAUGGUUAAUGGAAAAAUGAUAAAUGUUGGUAAAGAUCUCGUACAUGGUAAAGAUCUACCUAGUGCGGAACGAAAUUGGCAUGAUGAAAGUUUAUAUAUUCAACAGCAAAAGAAGAUUACUAUAGAACGUGUUAAAUAUAUAUUGACUAUUCCUAACGUCAAAUAUAAUGAUGAAUGGAAAGUGAAAAAUGGAGAAUUUUUUCGUGACUUUGAGCAAAGUUUAAAAUCAACAUUAACAAUUCUUGUAUCAGUAAAAUAUAAUAAUAUUCUAUUCUUAGUAGAAUUAAUUAGUAUUGAAAAACAACCGGAUAAAGACGGUGUAAUUAUAAUUGUUCAAUUGAGUCUACCUCGAAGCAAUGUCGCAAUUAUGCUAAUGUCAAUGAAGAAUACUUUGUUACGUGUUGUUAAUGAAAAGAUGAACACUGUUUUAUCUGAAAAGGAUUACAGUUUAUCAACUGUAGGUUAUUUAUAUUUAACAUUCGAUCAAUUGUUUCAUAGUGAUUCUUCUGUUAAAACUAGUCCAUUGUAUGAAAGUAUCACAAAUGAAGUGACAAUGUUACCAUUAAAUUGGUAUGAAAAAGAUGCUGAUAAAACUGUUGAAAAAUGUCAGUUAACUGCUGUUGAACAAGUUAAUUUAAAACAAUUUAAAUUAUUUAUACAAAUAAACUUAACUGGUGAUCCAACGCCACAAACAUUUAUAAGUUUGAUAACAUUACAUGAUCGUCUAACAAAAAUAUUUGAACGUUAUAUCGAUUGUAAACUGAAUAAUAAACUUUUUUUUCCCUCGUAUUUUGCAGACAUAGUCAUUGAAAAAAUGAUCAUCGAUUAUCGUGUAUGUAAUUUAACAGAUUUAGAUAAAGAUUCUCUUUCUUAUUAUAAAAAGGCUUUAAAAAGUUUAAAAAAAAUAGCAAAAGACGAAAUGCAAGUUAUAAGUAUUCGAAAUAUUACAAUUGAAAAUAAUGAAGAUUUAAUGUUUCAAAUAGAAUUGGUACCAAAUACACGUUCGUAUGAUUUAAUACUUAAAAUUAUUUAUCAAGGUAUACGUGUUUGUACACAAACGCGAGAUGAUAGCGAUGUGACCAUUUAUGUACAAACACGUUUGUAUUUUCAUAUUACACUACAGGGCAACAAAAGCCUAAAUAAUCUAGAUCAAAAGAGCAAAGAGAAGUUAGAAAGAGCAUUUAGCGAUUAUUUAUUAAAACUUUAUCGAUUUCAAUUAUGGUCAACUGAUGCUGAAAAGAGCAAAAAUCCAGAUGAAAAACAGAUAAUACCUAAGGAUCAUUUAGCAAACGUAUAUCCUGUAACUUCUAUUAGAUUUGAAUCAAUUAGUGCUACUGAUGGUUUAUUAAACUUAUUAUUUGAAGUAGAUAUUAGUGGUUCUUUAGAAACAUCUCUACUGAAAUUUAUAAACACUUUACUUAUACGUCGAUUACUGCUGUUAUUUACCAACAAUUAUAAAAUAGAGGCAACAUAUCAAUUUGAAUUUGUCAGUGUUCCUUGGAAAGAUGACUAUGGUGUGACAAAUAACUAUGUAAAUGGAAUAAAAAAUGCAAUUAAAACAUAUUUCAACGACAUGAUUAAUGAAUUCGGAUUUUUCCCGUUAAUCGAUAAAUUCGAUAUUGAAUUGAAAUCCCAUGACAACAAAUUAGUUAUUGUUUUAAAAUUGGUGACAGACUUCGCAGGAAAAUCUAUUUUGGAUCGAUUAUAUGAACUGUAUGACCGCUAUCUGCAUAAGAAAAUAAAUCCAUGUAUAUUUAACCCAUGCCCAACGGAUACAGUUUGUCAGGAGACGUGUGACCUGUAUAAUUUUGGAUGUUAUUGUGGUUCAUCGGACGUUGGCAUAUGUGGAAAAUAUGCCUAUUGCGUAAAUACAUCAAGUAAUACAACAGAAUAUUUACAUUAUGAAUGUUUGUGUACGGACGGUUAUAUUAAGUCAAGUAAUUCGUUGGGCAAUUGUGUGAAAAGACCAAAAGAAUGUACUGAAAUAAAAUGUGGUCCAAAUGCUAAAUGUGUAAAGUGUCGCUGUCAAGAAGGCUUUGAGGGUUUAGAUACAGGAGAAAUGUGUGUCGAUACAAAUCCAUGUAAACAACCGCAAUGUAUCUGUCCCCCAGAUUCUCACUGCGUUCGUAUUAAUUCGACUCGUGAUUACUACUGUAAAUGUCGUCACGAGGAAAAACAAGGUCCAUGUGGUGAAAAUCAAAUGUGUAUAUCAAAAGAUCCUAGUAGUGUAUAUAAUAUUAGUAAAAUCGCUUAUGAAUGUCGAUGUAUCAAGGAUUAUGAGCCAAAAAUAACAGGCGACGGAUGUAAACGACGUCCACUAUUGUGUUCUCGUGAUAAAAUAUGUGGUAAUUAUUCAGUAUGUGUACCAAAAGAUGAUUAUCACCUUGAGUGUAAGUGUAGAGAAGGAUUUAUACCGAAGAAAAAUUCUACAGAUGAUUGUGAAGAUGAAGAUGAAUGUAAAACGAAGUUUGAAUGUUGUGGAGAAAAUUCGAUAUGUGAAAAUAUAGUAGGAAGCUAUCUUUGUCAUUGUAAACCUGGAUAUGAGCACGAUGUAAGAAAAAAAUGUGUUGAUAUUGAUGAAUGUAAGAUACAACCACCCCUCUGCAAAGAACAUGAAUUAUGUCGAAAUACAAUUAGUUCUUAUGAUUGUGAUUGUAAACCAAAAUAUCGGCGUAAUGUUACAUCAGGUAUGUGUUUGCCAAUUGAUCCUUGUGAACAUAAUCCAUGCGGUUCAAAUUCAAAAUUAUGCGAAGCAAAUAUGUUAGAUUUAACAUACAUUUGUUUGAAACAAAUGGAUUAUGUCGCUAUUAUUCGCACACUAAAAUGUUUACCAGAAUAUAGUGAUGAAAAAUCCGAAAUAUUUAAGAAAUUAAAAACAGAACUCGAAUUUCAAAUUAAACAAGAAUUAAGUUCGUUUAAUAUAACAAAAUGUAGUUUAAAUGCUAUUAUUCCUGAUGGUAUAACAGGUACAAAAUUAGUAUUUCAAAUGAUGUUUCGUGAGAAUUUUCAUGAAGCACAAUUGGUAUUGAAUAAUGAAAAAUUUACAAAAAGAAUGCAAAAUAUUGUCUAUAAUAUAGCUUCGCCUAUUCAACACUAUGAAUUUCUUUUAACAGCACCUUAUCGUACCUGUUUUAGUCAGCCCAAUUCUACUGAAUAUAUAGAAUUUGCUCGACAUUGCAUAUUUUUAUUAAAAGAAUAUUUGAAAGAAAGUAUUCCAGAACAGAGUGAUGUGUUAAGGAAAUGUCAACUCGAUGGAAUUACAAAAGCAAGCGAUGGUCAAUUAUCAUUUAAAAUAUCCUAUAGUGUAAUACAAGAUGGUUAUGAUACUACCAUUAAAGAAUUAGCAAUAAAGGCUGUUAAAAAUACAUUUGUAUUAUUCGUAGAUCAAACAAUUGUCUCAAGAAAUUUCAGAUUUUAUUCAUAUAAACAAUCACCAACAGCUGAUUUAACAAAAUUUGAAACAUUAAUUUAUAAAGAAUGUAUUCUUCUACUCAAUGAAAAUCAAUCUGAUUUUAUUCGUCUUAUUAAAGUACCAUCAAUUGAAAAAUUAGAAUCUGGUGGUUUUGCUUAUCCAAUAGAAAUGAUUUCUUCUGUUGCAUUAUCUUUUAGUGAAGCUGAACAAUUAUGUCUAGAAGCGUUAGAAAAAGUAUUAGAUGAUACAGAAAUAGCUAUUUUUGGUACAGGAGAAGUAAUUAAGCCACAAUCCGUAUGUUUAUCUUUUACAUUAUUAUUUGAAAAUCAUACAUAUACUGAUGAUUUAAAUAAAAUAGAUUCAAAAAUAUAUCAAGAUAUUAAUACAAUAUUAAAUGAAGAGAUCAGUAAACGAUUUAUAAAUGAACCAAUUAAACUUUUAAGUUGGAAAUGUGAAGUACUAAAACCCUCACUUGGAACAAAAAUUAAACUACUCGUUGAAUUACACAACAAUAGUGCUAUCUAUGUAACACAACAAUUAAAGAGUAUCUUUGGAUUAAUCAUUAAAAAUGGAUAUAUUACUCAUGAUAAAUUGACGCCAAUUGACUACAGAUGUGACUUUUUACUUCAUUUAAUAAUCCUGUUUCGAAUUAAAGAUGCUAAAGAUAAUUUUAUUCCAGAUUAUCAUGAUAAAACAUCAAGAUCAUAUAAACAAUUAUCAAAUUUAUUUAAUUUAAAUAGUCAAAUGUCUCCCUAUAAUGCUAAUCUAUAUUCAAUUUCUAUUGAAGAUCACGAUAUUCUUAUUCAAAUAAUUGGUGAUUGUCUACCUGAUACUCGUUUACAAUUUUUAUCUGCUUGUCGUCGAAUUAUAAAUGAAAAAGUAUUAAUUCUUUUCUCAAUUUUUCGUUCAAGUCUAUCAUCUUAUAGUUUUACAACAAUCGAAUAUUAUCGAUCAUUUAUUGGAUUAAAUUGGCUACCUGAAUAUGGUGAUCAAACAUCAUUUGCAUUUUGUAAUUUAGAACAAAUUAUAGUCAAUGGUCUUAUAAACGCAUUGAAAAUAGACAAAUUAGAACAAGGAUUUUUGAAAGCAAAAUUAGUUUGGAUUAGACAAAAAUCAGAUUGUAUAAAAGGACCCGCUCAAAAAAAACCAUGUGUCGAAUUUAAGGUAACUGUUGAUGUUAAAGAUACAUAUUCAAGUGAAGUUAUUCGUGAUCAAUUGAUUCAAGUAUUUUCUACGGACGUACUAACAUAUUUUGAACAAUCAUUAAUUUCUGUUGAGAAGGAAAUAAUGGAAUGUAAAAUUAUUUUACUUGGAGUUGACUAUCAUACAGAUUAUAAUGAUAGGGAUUCAAAAAAAUAUCAACAAUUAAUUACCUCGUUAACUCAACUUAUUAGUACAAAAUUAAUUGAAAGAAAAAUUGCGAAUGCUGUUUUAUCAAUGAAUUGUACUCAAAUUACAAAAUAUACUGGAGAAGAACAGAAUGGUGUGGAAUUAACUACUGAAUUUCUAGUACAACAAAUUGAAAGCUUAACAAUUCAACAAUGUGAAGAAGAAAUAUUAACUUGUUUGAAAGAAGAUGUUGUAAAAUAUUGGCAACUGAUAAGCAAGUCAGAAAUAUCAAAGAGAAAAUAA